AUGAUAAUACACAGAGAAAAUGAACGUAAAAAUUUAGAUAAAAAUUUAAAUUCAAAUAUAGAUCCUGUUAAAAUAUUUCAAUAUACCGCAGAAGCCAACCAACCCAGCAGCAAUUUUGAAGUAGUUGAAAACGUUGAAAUAGACAUUAUUGAUUCCUCUUUUACCAAUAAAGACUGUGAUUUGGAAUCCCUCCAAAUUUCUGUUCCAUUAAACAAAAUAAUUAUAUCUGAUUCUUUUGAAGAUCAGAUCGUACUACAAUCAGAGAGUCUUGAAGAAUUAAAAUACUUUGACAUCAACCAGCAGGUAAAACACGUAACGGCUGAUGCACCCAAUAAUAAUGAUAAUGCCGCCACACUAAUAUCAGAAAUAAACAACCCGGAGGAGCAAAUUCAAUCCCAAAUUUACACAAUAGAAUCUACAAUUUCAGAUAUUUCUGAUGAUAAUGAAGCAAAUAAUUAUUUAGUUCCAUAUUCCGAUACCGAUUCAAUUCAGGAAUCAAAAUGGUUUGCGGAGAAAAAUAAAAAACUACGAGAAAGUGGCAAAAGUUAUUUAGGUAGAGUAAAAGAAGAUGGAAAAUGGAACUAUAAUAAGCCUAAAGAACCUCGGGUUAUGAAUGAUAGAUGCAAUUGUAAAACAACUGUAAAAUAUAUAAUGAAGUGCGCUUCCAUCAGUGAACAAGAAAGGCAGCAAAUUUUCAAGUCAUUUUGGGCAAUGGCAUGGGGUGAAAAGAAAGUGUUUAUAGAUAAUCAAGUUAAAUUCGUGCCAACUCAAAGGCACCGAAACCGAAAAAAAGAAAAUGAAACCAAAAGAGGACAAUCCUUGCAAUAUUUUUUGAGAGUUCAAGAAAAAAGUCAUAGGGUGUGCAGGACCAUGUUCCUUAAUACUGUUGGAAUUGGACGGUGGACAAUUCUUCGUUGGAAAAGUUCUUUUGAGACAUGGCAAAAGUCAUCUAGUAAAAAUCAAGUUUUUAAAGAUCAACGUAUAACAUAUGCCUAA